AUGGCUUCCAUCCCAAUUCUUCUACUCUCAUUAUUCUGCUUGGUGGCUGGACAAAUUGACAAUUACUACUUCUAUAGUGUUCCUCUGGGGGAUUAUGGAACAACUGAUGUCGACCAUAAGUACGUACAAGCAGUUGUUGAAGAAAAGGACACUCUUUACUUCUUUCUAGGCACUAAAGCGAAUGCUACAAUUUUGACUUGCGAUGACGGUUUAUCUCUCUGCAAUGUUACCUUCGAAGGGCUGAAUUUUAGCAUUGUGGUUGAAGAUGGUCUCAUAGUUGGCAAGAUUGGGCAUGAGACUGAGUACACCAUAUUACAACAAGACCUAGAUGUUUACAUAGAUGGCUACGAAUUUCAUUGUCAAAAGCACAUCAAAGAUCCCAUCCAAUAUUCCUCAACUAACUGUGCUAUUUUUCAGGGAGUGAUAAAAGAAUGGACUUCUACUUCUGCCCCAUUUACGCUUAUGGCCGAACUAGUUCCAUCUAAUUCUACCGAAGGUCAAGUGGUAGUCAAUCCUAAAAAGAUCAAAUUACCUACUGCAUCUACAGAACCGGAGAGACGUUUAGGUGGCUCUCUGUCCUAUCAUAUAAAUAGUAGACUAUACUUGCUUGCUAUAUUUGCUGCACUAUUUUAA